AUGCAACAGCAGUGGCAAGUUCAGCACAACAGCUGCUGCAGGACCAUGGUGAAGAAGCCUCCCCUGUUCAAUGCUCAGCACAUGAAGGUUUUCAGAGCUGCCUUUGUGCUGGGGGUCCUCGUGCUGUUGGUGGGGGUGGAUGGGGGCUCCGUCAAACCGGCACAUAGGAACAGGAAGCAGGACAAAAGGCCGAAAGGCACAUCGGGCCGGAGCAGCUCCGGAGAGAGGGUGAUGUCCGUGAAGCUGCUCCUGGACCCUAAUUUGAUGCCCGCAUCUUCCCAAGUCCCUCUGAUAGGGAACAACUCCCUGUCCCCCUGGAGUUACAAAUACACCUACGACGACAGCCUGUUCCCCCCCCACAUCGCUCAGGCUGAGUGUUUGAGGACCGGCUGUCUGGGCUCUGACGGACAGGAGGACAUGGGCCUGGAGUCCAAACCCAUCUACCACCAGGUCCUGGUCCUGCGGAGGAUCUCAGGGAAGAAGCGAAAGAAAUACAUCUUCAGGCUGGAGAGCAAGACCAUCAAAGUGGGCUGCACCUGUGUCCUGCCCAGUGUCAUGCCCCCACACUGGGUGUAA